AUGAAUAUAAAACUGGAUCUUGAAAGGAUGUACAUGAUGCAUACAUUUAGGUUCCCAUUCUCGAUGGAUCAGCGAGGGAAUGGGUGGAAGCUAUCGAGCAAGUUGGGAUUGCAGUUGCUAUGGAUUCCAAUGGAAGAAAUUUAUCAGUUACGGACUAAAUUUCCCAUAGGUUCUGUGAGAUAUCAAGCUCAACCAGCUUCGACGAAGUUAUUUUCGAUACAAAAUUCAACUCUAUGGUCACUGUCACACUUCCUCGUCGGCGCCGCCACCGCUAUAUCUUCUGUUGCGCACAGUAGUCACUAUCAAAGCUGGGAAAGCAAGAAUGGCAGGAGAAGAAAAGUGGACACCAUAACCACAGAUAAAGCAAUAAGAGACAGUGACACGAUUGUUUCAGAUGGUGAAAUGUUUGAAUUUGGCUUUUUUACCCCUGAGAGACUCCACUUACUGAUACCUCCGGUGUGCUCAGAGUCAAUAGCAUGGGAACACUGCUGCUUCUCAAUGGAUUUUAUUACAGGAAGAGAAGGGUGCUUGACAUCUUGGAAGAGUCUGGAUGAUCCUUCUCCAGGCCUGUAUGUAACUUGGCUGGAUACAAAUGGAUAUCCACAAUCAUUUCAGAGACGAGGUUCAGUUAUAACAUUAAGAUUUGGACCAUGGAAUGGUGUUAGGACAAAUGGUUUACCUAGUAAGCCAAAUCCUAUUUACAGAUAUGACUUUGUUUUGAAUGAGAAAGAGGCGUAUUUUAUAUAUAAUCUUAUUAAUACCUCAUUUCUUUCGAGACUUGUUAUUGGUCCUGAAGGCCACGAAAUGAGGUUAAACUGGGAUGAUCCCUCCCAAGGGUGGGUCCCAUAUUUGGCUGCAACGGUUGACAUAUGUGCACCAUAUGGACUCUGUGGUUCAUAUGGAAGCUGUAACAUAAACAGUUCACCUGUUUGUAGUUGUAUGGUAGGGUUUGAACCAAAACACCCCAAAGAAUGGAAUGCAGGAGAUUGGUCAGGUGGUUGUCAACGUAAAAAACCAUUAAAAUGUGGGAGUGAAGAUGGUUUUCGGGCGAUUUCAGGUUUGAAAUUUCCGGAUACCAGGCAAUCAUGGUACAAUCUGAGCAUGAACCUUGGAGAAUGUAAAAAGGCAUGCAAGAGGAAUUGUUCUUGUACAGCUUAUGCAAAUGUGGAUAUUAGAAGAGGUGGAAGUGGAUGUUUGCUAUGGUUUAAUGAUCUUAUGGAUAUCAGAGAAUCCGAUGAAGAUCAAGAUCUUUACAUAAGAAUGGCUGCAUCUGAGUUAACAGGCAUAAAAUCUGGCUUUAACAAGAAAAAAGUAAUCGAAGUGGCCCUUGGAAGUUCAGUUGGUUUUAUUCUUAUAUGCCUAGCUGUGGUAGUGUAUAUUAGGAAGAAAUGGUCUCAUGCUCAAAUUCAAGGUACUCUGAUGAAGACCCUUUGUGAAGACUAUACAGAUGGAGGCCAAAAUAAAGAUGUAGAGUUGCCAUUUUUCAGCUUUUCUGAAGUAUCUAAGUUGACCAAUAACUUCUCCAUCGGCAAUAAGCUAGGACAAGGUGGCUUUGGUCCAGUUUACAAGGGUGUAAUGGAAGAUGGGAGAGAAAUAGCUGUAAAGCGACUAUCAGAAACAUCGACACAAGGACUUGACGAAUUUAAAAAUGAAGUUAGAUGUAUCCACAGACUUCAACAUCGAAAUCUUGUGAAGCUUCUUGGAUUCUGUGCUCAAAAAAAUGAAAUCAUGUUGAUUUAUGAAUACAUGCCCAACAGAAGCCUAGAUCAAAUUUUAUUUGAUGAGACUAGAAGUUCAAUGCUUGAUUGGAAUCACCGAUUCCGCAUCAUCAGUGGAAUUGCACGAGGGCUUCUUUAUCUGCAUCAAGAUUCGCGCCUUCGUAUCAUACAUAGGGAUCUUAAAGCUGGUAAUAUUUUGUUGGACAAUGACAUGAACCCAAAGAUAUCAGAUUUUGGGCUGGCUAGAAGAUUUAAAGGAUACGAAACUGGAUCUAACACAAAGAAUGUGGUUGGAACUUAUGGUUACAUCCCUCCAGAGUAUGCAGUUCACGGCAUUUUCUCCACAAAAUCAGAUGUAUUUAGCUUCGGUGUUUUGGUGCUGGAAAUAGUAAGUGGGAUGAAAAACCAAGAAUUCUCUUCUCAAGAACACGGCGACAACCUUCUUGGACAUGCAUGGAGACUGUAUAAAGACGACAAGAGUCUUGAUCUGGUUGGUGGAUCUUUAAGGGAGUCAUGCAUCAUGUUGGAGGUACUCCGGUCAAUACACAUUGGUCUAUUAUGUGUGCAGAAUCAGCCAGAAGAUAGGCCGACAAUGUCAUCUGUGGUAUUGAUGCUUGGUAAUGAUGGUGUCUUGCCUCAGCCUAAACCACCUGCCUUUUUCACCGAGCCUGAUCUCCACCUGCUUGCACCCACUGCACAACAAUAUUCUGUUGCUAAUAUCACUACAUCAUUGACAGGAAAGUCUCAAUUGGUGUUGGCAAUGGUAUCAGUGGUUGAAAGCCCUUUGUCAAACGUCAUAAUUGUGGUGGAGGAGGGUGAUUUCGAGUGGUCUUCGAAUCCAAUAGACUUAGGUUCAUUUGUCACACUUAUGUGGUUGUUUGUUGGUGGGUUUUCCUUUUACACAGAAGCAUUUGAUAAUGCACAGAAGGUGUUCGAUAGAAUGCAUAAGAGAUGUUUCAAGCUAAAUUCCCGGUAA